UCAGGCGGUGUGAAGAUAACAGUUGAUAAUUUUGCUUACAGCAUACAGUCGACGACUUAAUUGCAUCGCUUGUUGAGGCAAUCUUGAAUUGACUUUCAAUCGCGCUUCAGGUUAUUCCGAAUCAAUAAUUCGUUUGGUGGGGAUAAAAAUAUGUCAUUCGAACUUACUGAGCACCAGCAUACCCGUUUCAAUCCAUUGAACGGACAAUGGAUUUUAGUUAGCCCACAUCGAAUGAAGCGCCCAUGGUCUGGCCAAGAGGAGCAGCCACAGCCGGUCAACUUACCCGAAUUCGAUCCAGCGAACCCGCUUUGUCCGGGUGUGGAAAGAGCGAACGGAAUCAAAAAUCCCAUUUAUACAUCGACAUUUACUUUCACUAACGAUUUUCCUGCGAUGUUGGAAGACGUGCCGCUGCCCCCUGAAAGUGAUGACCCGCUCUUCCAAACCGGUGGCGCUAGGGGCACCUGUAAGGUUAUAUGUUUCCAUCCGAAAUCCAAUAAAACGCUUCCACUUAUGACACCCAAGGAAAUUCGCACUGUAAUCGAUACGUGGAUAGCGGAGUACAAAAUGCUAGCUGAAAAAUAUACGUGGGUACAAAUAUUCGAAAACAAGGGCGCAAGUAUGGGUUGUUCGAAUCCUCAUCCGCAUUGCCAGGUAUGGGCAUGCUCCUUUCUACCUAAUGAACCACGGGUGAAGGAUGAGAAAUUACGACAGUACUACGAAAAACAUGGUAAAGCGCUGCUUGAUGAUUAUGUCAAGAAAGAAAUAGCUAAAAAAGAACGAGUUAUAAUCGAGAACCCAGACUGGUUAGUCGUAGUUCCGUUUUGGGCCAGCUGGCCGUUCGAGACAAUGAUUAUUUCGCGAAACGGAAACCGAAGAAUGUCCGACCUGAGUCUGCAACAAAUCAAUAACUUGGCGAUCGUCAUCAAAGAACUAACAAUAAAAUACGACAAUCUGUUCAAGUGUUCGUUCCCUUACAGUAUGGGCUGGCAUGGAGCCCCGACGGGAGAUUUAGCCUCCGGCGACGAUAAGCACUGGACUCUACAUGCCAUUUACUAUCCACCACUUCUUAGGUCAGCUUUCGUGCGAAAAUUUAUGGUUGGGUUCGAGCUACUUUGUCAACCGCAACGCGAUCUUACGGCAGAACAAGCAACUCAAAAACUUCGUCAGCUGUGUGGCAAAAAGCAUUACAGUGAACAUAUUUAGGAUUUCUCUAUGAAUCUAUUAAUUGACAGUCUCUCUGUUACUCGAAUAUGCUGUAUAAACAUUCAGGAAUAAAUUUGUCAAUGGGGAAUUUA